UGGAUCUGCACAAACGCACAUUCACAACAGUGGCUGAUUGUUUCAUUUUCUGGGAGAGAAGGGGAUUUUUGAACCAUUGGUCUCCUCUUUACUUCCAGAUCAGAGCUUGAACUCUUGUCUUCGGGACCCUCGCCUUCAACGGAAGAGAAUCUGAAACUGUUUUACAAAUAGAAGUAUUCGGCUGAGGUCCCGGCCACCGUAAAGAAGCAGCAGCCUGAAAAAAUGACGUAGAAGGCAGAGGGCUUUGUAAGACAAACACAAGGUUUGGAAAUAACAUUGGCUUCAUCCCAAAUAUUUCAGCUGAAGAUGGCAAAUCAGAGGAGAGGUGAAGAAACCGGCCAUGCUGAUCCAGGAGAAGGUAACUGCCACACUGGAGCAUCAGAGCUGAGAAUCAUCCUUGUGGGGAAAACUGGAGCAGGGAAAAGCGCCACUGGAAACACCAUCCUUGGCAAGAGGGUGUUUAAUUCCAGAGCCAGUCCAAAGUCAGUCACUGAGACUUGUGCCAAGGCAAGAUGCACCUGGAAAGGGAAGGAGGUUGUGGUUAUUGAUACUCCUGCCUUUUAUGAUACAACAGACCCUGAUAGAAAUCCUUCAAAAGAGAUCAGUCACUGCAUCCAGCUCUCUUCCCCAGGCCCCCAUGCUCUGGUGCUGGUACUACAGUUGGGCUACUACUCUGAAGAGGACAAGAAGUCAGUGGAGAAAGUACAGGAGAUAUUUGGAGAAGCAGCACUGAAGCACACAAUUGUCUUAUUCACCCGGAAAGAGGAAUUGGCAGAUGACCCCUUGAGUGAAUACAUAGGAGCCUUAGGUAAAGCUGAUCUUCAGCAUCUCAUUCAAGAGUGUGGGAAUCGAUACUGUGCUUUCAACAACAAAGCAGCAGGAGAAGACCGGGAUGCCCAGCUCAGUGAGCUUCUGGGCAUGAUAGAGAGACUGAUGAAGGAGCAUGGAGGGCAAUGUUAUAAGAUUACAGAAGUAAAGGUAUCAGGGGAGUCCUAUAGAGAAGUGAAAGAGGGACCAUACCAUUUUGAUGAAAACUGUGCAAACAGAGAAGAAGAAUCAAGGACUGGGUCAGAAGAAUUAAAGACAGAAAGGACAAAGUUGGACAAGAUCAAUGAAGUGCUAGAAGGGGAGCUGAAAGAUCAAAAAAGCACAAUGACAGAACCAGAGGAAAAAGAAAGAGAUUGUGAUGAAGCCAUGAAGAGAGUCAAUGAAGAAGCUGUGGCUGAUGCUGGAAAAGGUGGCUCCUGUCAGGCUACAGACUCUCCUGACCCACUGAAGUCAGAAGUAAUUAUAUUUCAGCCAUGUUUGCAGCCACAAAGAGAUGCACCAACUCCCCCAGCCGAAGAGGAAGGCAGCCAGAACCCAAAGGAAUCAGCAUGGAGAAUUGUCCUUGUUGGUAAAACUGGAGUUGGGAAAAGUGCCACGGGAAACACCAUCCUUGGGGAGAAAAAAUUUGAGUCGAAACUUGGGGCAAAAUCAGUAACUUGGAAAUGUGCCCAAGGAAGCAUGCUGUGGAAUGGGCGUGAAGUUGUGAUUAUUGACACUGCCAACAUUUUUGACCCAAAUACCCAUGGGCCCGAAAUUUCACGUGGAUUUGGUUGUUGCUUCGCACUCUCCUAUCCAGGCCCCCACGCUCUGGUGCUGGUGACCCAGCUGGGCCGUUACACAGAGCAAGACAAGGCAGCUAUGGAGCGAGUAAAAGCAAUCUUUGGCCGUGAGGCUCUGACGUUCACAAUUGUUUUAUUCACUCGGAAAGAAGACUUAGGGGAUGGCUCCCUGGAUGAAUACGUGAAAAACACAGAUAACCAAGAGCUCCGAACAUUGAUUAAAGCCUGCAAGAACCGAUACUGUGCUUUCAACAACAAAGCAGCAGAAGCAGAGCGGGAAGCACAGGUCAAAUUGUUGAUGGAACUGAUUGAGGAAAUAGUGAAGGAGAAUGGGGGCAAGUACUGCCCCAAUAAUCAGUCUGCCCUGGAUACCAUGUUGAAUGAAGAGAAUGGAGUGCAAAUGAGAGACAGGAGAAAGUCUGAGGCAACUAUUAGGCAACAUGAUGGAUGGAAGUUGUUUAACAGGGCUGUGCAAGGCUUCAAAUCCCACCUUGGAUCCGGAGUCCCUUCAGAUGCUUCGGCGUCCAAAUCGGCACUUCCGGAUUGAAGUGGGAUUCCACCAAUGGUGUCCGGAGCGGGUCGGGGGCAUCCAAAGCACUUAAGAUCCACUUCAGAUGCUUCGGCCAUUUUGAGGCAAUUAGAAGAAGGAGGGGGAGCGGGGGAGGGAUGGAAAG